UGGGAGCCUGGGGUGGAAAAGAGAGGCGAGUCGAGGCAGGCUCCUCCCUAGGCUGCGGCGUCGGUUGUCUGCCAGUGCCACCCAUGGCGAGGCUGGGCGCCCGCUCCCGGCGUUCGGCGGAGCCUUUUGCCGGCGCUGGCGCCGGCGACGAAGGCGAGGCGAGGCAGCCCGAGACACGGCGGCACCGGCAGCGGCAGCAUCAGCAGAUGGGGACGCGCGUCAUGGCGUGGUGGUGUGCGAGGGUGGUCGCGCCCGUGCGCCGCGCCUGCAGGCUCGCCGUCGCCGCCGCCCGCGCGCGCGUGCGCAAGGCCGAGUGCGGCGCCCUGAACCUGCACCAGGACGUGCAGACGUGCGGGUACAACGACGUGCAGGUGAUGUGGGACAUGCUGAGCUCGGACAGGGCAGCCGCCGUCGCAGCCGGAGCGCCGCCGGCGAAGCAGAAGAGGCCGUUCUGGAGCCUGCCGCCGCUCUGGCGCUGUGACAGAGAUGCUGCCGUCCCGUGCUGAGCGGAGAGUCAGGAGACUAGGCUAGUUGCCAUUUGCCAACGCAUCACGAGUUCAUGGCAUGUGCUACACCCCUCCGACCAGCCUGACCAUGUGUAUAGAAGAUGAAGGUUUUUGUAUAGUUUCUGGAUGGGAUGGACGCAGCAAGUUGAAGCAGGCAGCUUCCUUUGUGCGCUAGCUCUCGUGUUUGACUGUGCUCUGCCUUGGACAGAGCAGUUUGGACUUUGGAAUUGCCGUGCUGAGUCUUUGACCA